AUGUGGGAACCAGAGGCUGAUCUUUUAAACGACGUCGUCCAGCUACGAGAUGCGCAGGGGCGAAAGGGUAGAUAUGGAAACGGCGGUGAAACUCCGGUGACUGAUGCAUGGUGGCCUCAGGAAUAUCCUCAAAGUGGAAAGGCGACAGAAGAGGAAAUCUCUAGCUUUGCUGAAGCUCGAAAGUUGACUCGAGCUGUCAAUAUAUUCAACCACAUGAAAAGUAGCAGAAAUUCGAAUUGCAAACCUUCUAUCAGAACCUAUAAUAUCCUUUUUGCAGCACUGUUGAGCAGAGGAAGCAACUCUUACAUAAAUCAUGCGUAUAUGGACACUAUUAGGUGUCUGUUUAAGCAGAUGGUCAAUGAUGGGGUAGAGCCUGAUAUAUUUACUUUAAAUUCCAUGAUCAAAGGUUAUGUGCUUUCUCUCCAUGUUAAUGAUGCGCUGAGGAUAUUCCAUCAGAUGGGCGGGGUUUAUGCUUGCAAGCCUAACUCUUUUACCUAUGAUUAUUUGAUACAUGGCUUGUGUGCGCAAGGAAGAACGAAGAAUGCUAAAGAGAUAUGCAAUGAAAUGAAGACCGCAGGCUUAAUCCCAAGUAGUAAAUCUUAUAAUUCACUGGUCAAUGCUUUGGCACUUGGUGGAGAGACUGAGGAGGCAGUGGAAUAUGUGUGGGAGAUGACUGAAAAUCAGAGGUCAGCUGAUUUUAUUACUUAUAGGACUAUACUGGAUGAGAUAUGUAGACAAGGAAGAGUUCAGGAGGCAAUGAGGUUAUUGCAGGAGUUUCAAGAGAAGAACCUUGUGGAUGGGAGUGCUUACAAAAAACUUCUUUAUGUGCUGGAAGAUGACUAUGGGAAUUGAGUUAGCAGAGUUGAUCCAGGAGUAUUCCACAACAGCACUAUUGCUCAUGGCAGGGUCUGAUUAUUAAAAAAAAAAAAAAGGAUUUCUCAUUGCCUGAUGCAUAUUCAAAGCAAUAUUCCCUUGGUUUAUCCCACACCCUGCAAAUUUAUUGAUCAAGAUUGAAUUGAAGGUGAUGAAAGCAAUUCUCAGAACAAAGUUGAUGUAAAGCAAAGUUAAACUGUAUAAGAUAAGACGGUUCUGGUCUUAUAUUUUGGACCACAUCAGAUCAGAUAUUUUAUGAUGAGUUGAGAGCCCCAUCCUACCAUUCACUGGAAAAGUUUCAGUUUUAUUCAUGGCAAGACUGGAUAUUGCCUUGAUGCGAGAUCCUCUGGAGGAAGAAAAAUUUGGAGAACGGUGAUGCAACAUGUAAAUAUGGUACAAGGCGAUUAGUAGUUUCUGACCCUCCAAAAAGUGGAAGUCUCAUUGAUCCCAAGGUGCAGAAUAAUAUGCUGAUUGCUCAAAAAAGGCUGGCUUAAGUUUGGAAUUUUGUCCAAGCUGUACAGAUCUUUGUCUAAUUGUAUGCUUUAGUUAUCACUUCUUUCCCACAUUUUGCAAGUACCUUUGAUUUUUUAUCCAUCUUAUCUGUUGAAGUGAAAGUUUCACUCUAAAGAAAUACUGCCUCUAGUCCUUAA